AUGACGUAUGAGGAAGCAGAUGUAGUCACCCUUUUGAAGAUCGUGAUUGAAGAUCGCAAGGAUGAUUACGUAAUUUUGAAGGAACCGGAGGGGUUGGGCGGUGGUAAUGGCCGCGGCGGCGGCGGUUGUUGUUCACUGCCUUCUUCUUCCUCGUCGUCGAGGAGUUGUAGUAGUGUUGGUGGCGGCUUUUGGUGCUCUCUUUGGUGGUGGUCGAAGCUUGUUCUUGUGUUUAUCUUCUUGGCUGUUAUGGGGGUUUGUUUCUUUCUAUGGAUCGGACCUUUUUUAAUGAAUAAGGAGUUUAUCCCUAUUUUGAAUUGGGAAACCGGAACUUUCAACAAACCAGUGUUAGCAGUAUUCAUCUUCACUUCUGUAGCAAUCUUCCCAACCAUAUUACUACCAUCUACACCUUCAAUGUGGGUAGCUGGAAUGAGUUUUGGUUAUGGUUUUGGGUUUCUUUUAAUCAUCAGUGGAGUCAUCAUCAGCUAA